AUGAGUACCUUCUACAUUCCUGUGAGGUUUGCAAACGAGCCGCAAUCUCCUUACUCGCUACAAUCCGAGCAAUCUACCCAUAUGUCAUCGUCCCCUGCUCCUGACAAUACGACGCCUGAUCCCUCGAUCAAAUCAGAAGUGACCGAUGUACCUGCUACCUCUACCGCCGAAACCGCUGCAGCUGAAGAGACCAUCGAGUCUUCAGUUCCUGAUCCUGUGGUCAAGUCGGAAGAGGCCGACUCCCAUGCUGCAUCUGCUGCCGAGCUGGCCAACCCUGAAGAGACCGUCGACGUGCGUAGACGAGUCGAGGACCAUGUACAUGCACCUCGCCCGCCUCCUCCGUCCUUUUCCGAUAUCCGGCUGUUUGCAAUAGCCGCGGCCUUUCAAGCUGAUUCCAAUGGCCUGUUUCCCUUCCACUACCAGGAGAGGUACGCUUGCUCGCCAUCGCCUCCUCGCUCUUCUGACUACUCUGGAAGCGGAUCCGCUUCUUCUCCUAUCCGGGUCGAUACGCCGCCUCCAGCGGAACCCUGCUAUGUCUACCCUCCUCACCCCGAUCCUGAUGUCGAGUUAACGCCUGAAGAGCGUGGUCCUAUCUGGGCCGAGGUUGUACAAGAAGACGCCGUCCUGAACGCGCGUCGACACAUCAAAGAUCUCUUCCGCUCUUACUUCAAUCUCCUGGACGGCGAUGUCCUCAAUCACCCGCGUCGUAGUGGUGGUUAUAGGCGUAUGGCGCGAUGUCGACUGUAUGAGAGCAUUAUGGAGGAGCUGGACCGUGUGCUUGAGACUGUAGACCAAGUACAGAUGACUGUUAUAGAAUAA